AUGAAAGAGUAUAUUUUCUCAACCUACUCAGACAACCAGCCUGGUGUACUUAUUCAGGUCUACGAAGGCGAGCUCACCAGCAUUCCACCGGCACCAAGAGGAAUUCCACAAAUCAACAUGUGUUUUGAUAUUGACGCAAAUGGAAUUCUUAAUGUCUCGGCUGAGGACAAGACUGUGGGGGUGAAGAACAAGACCACAAUCACCAAUGACAAGGGAAGGCUGAGCAAGGAGGAGAUUGAGAAGAUGGUGAAGGAUGUAGAGCGGUACAAGGCUGAAGAUGAGCAAGUAGAGAAGAAGGCGGAGGCCAAGAAUCCACUGGAGAAUUAUGCGUAUAACAUGAGGAAUGCAGUGGAGGAUGAGAAGUUUUUUGGGAAAUUGGAUCCGGCAAACAAGCAGAGGAUUGAGAAGGCAAUCGAUGAGGCUCUUGAUUGGCUGGACAAGAAUCAGUUGGCGGAGGUGGAUGAGUUGGAAGACAAGUAG